UCAAAAUUCGUGCGAUUGGCUGUCCCGCCUCGCCCCCCUCGAAAGCGGCUCUCCGAUUGGCGGGAGGGCGCGCCUCCCUGCUAUUGGGGAGCGGGGAUUCGCUCUCCCCAUCUCUCUCUCCCUCUGCCUCCGUCUGCGGUGAAGGUGACACUCUCCGUCUCCUCCAGGCAGCGGCUUUCGGGGGGUUCCAGCUUUGAUAUUGUCCCGCAAUGUCUCCCGGAGGGAAAUCCGUGUUCACCAGCGUCCCGCAGGCCCCGCCCGUGGCUGUUUUCCAGCUCACGGCGGAUUUCCGCGCCGAUGGGGACCCGCGCAAGGUCAACCUGGGAGUGGGAGGUAAGAGAGCAGGGCGGGAGGAGGGAAGCACGCGUGGAUGCGGCUCCUGGUCGGAAACGGGUGGUUGAACUUGGAGGGAGGGGGGUCAAGGACCUAAAUCUGAUCUCAGGGAGCCCUGGGGAGACGGGAGCUGUCAUUCUCUGCAAGUCCAUCACCGACCUGUCCUUUUUAAGAGGGGUCCUCCUGAGCCUUUGAGCAGCUGUGAGACAGACAGAAAUCCGUCAGGUGAUGGCGUCUCUGGAAUUGCAGCUCCGUGCCAGGGAACCUUUGCACUUGUUGAAUUUCUGCCUAUCACCCAUCUGUCAAAGAGGCACAGAAGAGCUCUGUUUGAAAAGAAAUCGAUGGGAAUCGGACAAGGAUGCAAGAAUCUGACAAUUGAGGGCAGCGAUGAAAACAAUUUGUUAUUUGUUAACAAUCACAACCAGCUGAUUCAGACAUAUUUUCUAGACUUUCAAAAUCCUGCAUAAAGUCUCGACUCUAGAGAAUCUAGCUCCUGUUGAUCUGUUGUUGUUUGAUUCGUUUUGUUCCUUGCCUAAUACCAAAUGGUCACUAUGUGACUCUCAACAAUUUAAAAACAUGCAAAAUUGUAAAGCAGUAUAACAUUGCAACAAUAUUAUCAGCAGCACAAAACUGCAAUGAUUAAGUGCAUAGCAACCAUAAAACAGCAUUGGCCAUCAAAUGGUAAGAGCACUAGUGGAAGGGACCAUUACUGAAAAAGCCCUUAUGCUUUCAGUUGAACAUGCAUUGGUGUGUGUUUACAAUUUUAACUACAUUGAUGAUCUGAACUACUUGGGACCAUCUGUGCAACCUCUGGAAAAAUUCUUUACUUCUCUUGAUGGCUUUCAGGCUUAGCAGGGAGAAAUACGCGUCAGAAUACUUUCCAAUUCUGUAGAUAAAAAAUGGCUAACACUCAAUGAUCCCUGAUCUGCCUUGCACACAGUUGAAAUCCAAGGUGCUUCUAGACUAUCACUAUUUUCAAGAAAGAUUUGAUCACAUAUUGGCAAAUUGAGAUUGCACAUUUAUAGUUUGAUUGGGAGGUUUUGUGCCACAAACAUGCUUCCCCAAAAUAUUAGACUGUUUGCGAUAAGGAGUGUGCUGGGGGAAAGCACUGGAAAGUGCAGAAUAACACUGGCUUUUGAUGCAGUGUCAACUAAUCUUGUCUUCUAAUCUCCCUGCAACCAAAUCCGGAUAAAUCAGGUUGUCUGGAAGCACCCCUAAAGAAAAUCACACUGGUAGGUUGUGGGGAUGAAAGGCUCUAGUCUCCUGCAAUUUGCACCCUUUCUUUUGCUCAUGCCUUUGCCAUUGGAUUCAUGAAGGAACACCUGAGAAAGUUCAGCAGGAAACUACAUGUAAUGAUUGGGUUGUGGUUAUAGGGUUCUGCACAUAUCAUCUGUUUUGCCUAAAUGGAAGAUUUGUACGCUUUUAUCUGCAGGCAGACAGAAGAAUGCUCUGUAUCCUUAAAUACUGUUUAUACUUUAUGGCAUGUAAUUUCUCACAGCCACGUUCAGUUUACAGAAAUUGUAUUUGUACUUCAUCUCACCUGCAGAUCUUUGGCUGUACCGUUUAUAAAUAUUAACAUGGGGUUCUAUGGUUGAUCUGCAGAAUACAGAAGGAGGGUGCCAAAACUGAUGCUUUUGAUAGGUGUUAAAGACCCAUAUGGAUAUGAGCACUGUUCUGCUGUUGAUACUUUGAUCUGAGAGAGCCAUUCAGAAAGAGGUAGAGCUACUAGCAAAGGGGCUGUGUAUUACAAGGAUCAGUGCCUAAAUGGGAGACUUCUACCAAUACUGGAAAUGUUGAAGCAAUAUUGCUAAUGAAGCUAUGUACCCUGGUUUAUAGUCAAAAGUCCAGUAAUGACAGAUGGAAACAAAUUAAAGCCGUGAAGAGAAAAACAAGGAAAUGGGUCAGGCUGAUUGUGGAGAUAAAAGGAAUUGUUGUCUCCUUCUUAAUCUAAUGUUAUCAGACCCAGGACUUUUUUGGAUCUUUACCCUUUUUUAAAUUGCACUGUCCCUCCUGCAUUCAUUUCCCCCUUUCUUCUUUCAUCUCUAUUCUGUGUCCUGUGACAAUCUCGGUGUGUCCUUUAUUUGGGGCUUGUUUCCCCAGUACUUUCUACAGUUGCUACUGAUUGGCUUCCCUCAGGUAGGGGGCUGUGAUGCUGCCUAGACCUUUGGCACCUGGUGUUCUUAUGACUGGGCUACAGCUGUCAGGAGAUCUGGGCUGGUGCCCAUGUUCUGCUUGGGUGAACCACACGACCUUGAGCAAGUUAAUGCCGGGGCCUUGCAGGAACUGGAAAAGGGACUCUGCCCUUAAGCAGCAGAGACCAGGCUGAGUGUAGUGUUUAGUUAGCUGCCAGUCCUGCAGUUUCUAAAGCAUUACCCUUUUCUCCCAAGUUGUAAAAUCUAUGGUUGCCUGGUUCCCCUUUGCCCCAAAGUCCCUGCACCUUCUGCAGGUGAAUAGCUCAAAGCUUGACCCUCAGCAAACUAAUUAGAAGCCAGCUUGCCAGUUCCCUCUUUGCCAGUAUCCUCUGGAAUACUUGUCGGUUGUUGUUUGUGGUCUCUCUUACCUGUGCUCUGCAGCUCAUGCUCAGGAUUCAAAGUCUACUCUCUUUAAUGGGCCAUGCUAGCCCUUUUGCUGCCUUCAGGCAUACUCUCCAUGUUCUUGGCCUGAAGAUCCCAUUAAGCUCUCGACAUACCUGAGCCUCCAAUCUUGCUAGGUCAUAUUUGAUAGCCUUUUCAAUUGGAAUAAAGUGCUUGGAUUUGAACAUGUAAGCAAAGGGGUUGUGGGAAUGGUGCUGCAUUGGAGACCUCCUGUGUGAGAUAGGCAUCCCUUUGCAAAAGGAUAAAGUGAAAAUUGGUAAGCGAGACUGGAAGGAGUAAGGGAGAGAACGAGCUCUCUGCAGUAAGCCUUUUUGGUCCAUCCUUUUAUUUUGUACCAUACUUCUCUUCUGAGAAACUCAAGGCACGGCACAUGUCUCUCCCAGACCCCUUCCAUCUUCUCAGCAACCCUGAGAGGUAGGGUUAGGCUAAGAGAUGUGUGUCUGUAUCUAGAACAAUUCCUUCCCCUUCCACCUUGCAGCCUAUCGCACAGAUGAGGGGCAGCCAUGGGUCCUGCCAGUGGUUCGGAAAGUGGAGCAGAUGAUUAACAAGGACCUCAGCUUGAACCACGAGUACCUGCCCAUCCUGGGCCUGCCAGAAUUUCGUUCCAAUUCCUCACGAAUUGCCCUAGGAGACGACAGCCCAGCCAUCAAGGAGAACAGGGUGAGCCUGAAGAGGAAACUCCUAUUACGACCUUCAUCCGUGCAAGUUAAGCCUUAUUGAACACAGAAGAGCUUGAUGGCAUGGAAGAGUUAGGGUGGGAAUAGGUUGGCACUGGGGCGUAUAAUCUCUCUCUCUCUCUCACUCGCUCACACGCACAUAUGUAGAAACUGGGGUUUGAUUGGAACAGAUGAAUUUGGGGACAAGUAUAGUUAAAUGAAGCUAUUAUAGGAAACUGCAUUCUUGCUUAUAGGAUGCCCAGGCAUCUUGCUGAAAAGAGCACCUGCCUUCUAAUUAUUGCUUUCUCUUUGUUCCAGGUGGGGGGUGUCCAGUCCUUGGGGGGCACAGGGGCUCUCCGUAUUGGAGCAGAGUUCUUGAGACGCUGGUACAAUGGAACCAACAACACUGCAACCCCUGUCUAUAUCUCUUCUCCUUCCUGGGGUGAGUACCAAGGCCUGGCUGGCACUUUUGGCAUGGUUUGGGGUAGAGAGAGAGAGAGGGAGGGAGGGAAGGCUGGGCUCCCCAUUGUUUGCAAGCCGCCUCAGUAGACACGUGUUGCACGUACAUGUUCUAGGGGUCUUGUGAAGCUUUAGACAGUGGCAAUAGCACAUCUUAGUAGGUUUACCCAGGAACUUAAACUCACAUAGGCCUUAAAAUGAGGGUUGUUUAUUGAUACACACACAUAGAAUCAAAAUAUUCAGCACUUCUCUUAUGGCAGUAGGGAAAGCCCAACUCUCUCUCUCUCUCUCUCUCUCUCUCUCUCUCUCCCCCUCUCUCCCUCUCUCCACACACACACACACACACACACACACACACUGACUUCUUUGGUUUGGAAGAAUUGGCUAAAUAAUUAUAACCAUGUCUAAACUAAUACACACAAUACAGAAGGAGAAGAAAGCACCCAGGGCACCAGAGAAGGAGGGGGAGGAAUGGGGAAGGGGGAGGAAUCAAGCAGUUUUGACAGAAAUACAGUGCUGCUUGAAGCCUGCUAGUCUGUUUUCUGCCCCCUCGGCUCACAUUGCAGACUAGGCCUGAGUCAUGUGCAAGUGGAUUAGGGAGGACCUGAGGGUGGCUUCUAAAACGCAGUGCCACUGCCCCUUGCAUGAAGGUAAGAAGUCAAAAACAGAUCUAGAAAAGCAGUAUUUUCUCUCUCUCUCUAAACGUAGGAAGGGGGAGCAGAUGUGGAGGCUACAAUUUAUAGGGUGAAGGACAGGAUAGGUGAAAUACUUUUCCUAGCCCUGGUGGGCAAUUCUGAAGAAAUAGAUCUGGGGCAUUUUUUUAAAGAAUCCCUUCUAAUCCUGAACAGCUUGAGUUUUGGCUGAAGGAUGAAUGCGUCUCUUCUUUUCCCCGCAGAGAACCACAAUUCUGUUUUCACGGAUGCUGGGUUCAAGGACAUCCGAACCUAUCGCUACUGGGAUGCUGCAAACAGGGGUCUGGACAUCCAGGGAUUCCUGGAGGACUUGGAGGUGAGCCAGAUAUCCUUAUGGAUUGGGUGUAACAUAACCUAGAAGGAAAUCUGAACAUCUGUGUAGAUGUUCUACGGGAGCAACAUUUCUAGCCUAUUGUAAUAUUGGAUUUAACAUCUGGUUAGCCAAACGUUUGCUAGGAUGGGCUGUGUCUCUUGACAGCAAGACAGCACCAUGCAGGAAUCCCAUCUUCUCACUCAGUGGGAUUCAGAGAGCUGUGGGUGGAUCUCCCUGUGUGGAUCUGAUGCUUUCCCUACCACAUCUGUUCAUGCUUCCUGAACAGUCAUUUCAAACAGGGGGCCCUUUAUAGAGCUGCAGCUGGAAGGGGAAAUUUGGAGAGCUUAGAAACCUUGAUAUGUGUGGAGUUCUUUGGAUCACAGUCCACGCUAGUCUUGUAAAAAUGUAUGUGUGUCAUUGUGGAUGGCACUGUUCUAUGUGAGGGUGCCUUGUCUUGUUAGUAUCUAUUUUAUAUACAUAGAAUAUCAGAACUUUAUAGACAUAUAAUAUAUUCAAAAAUUCUUCACUAUCUGAUUGAAACCUGUAUAGCUCCUAAGUCUUAUCCAUAAUGCAUAUAUAUAGAACAGGUUAGUCGGUAGAGCAUGAGACUCUUAAUCUCAGGGUUGUGGGUUUGAGCCCCAUGUUGGGCUAAAGAGUCCUGCAUUGAAGGGGGUUGGACUAGAUGACCCUUGUGGUCCCUUCCAAUUCUACAAUUCUGUGUUCAUCUGGAACGCAGCAUCUUCUAUCUGGCUCUUUAUUGUGCAAUCCCAUCAGUGAGUAUCAAACAUAAAUGGCUAGUGCCACUUGAUGCUUAGGGUAAUUUUUAAUGUUUGAUGUUUUAUCGUGUUUUUGCUAUUCUGCUGGGAGCCACCCUGUGGCUGGGGCAACCCAGUCAGAUGGGCAGCAUACAAAUAAAUAAUAAUAAUAAUAGACUGGGUUUUUUUCUCUCUCUUUCCACCCAGAAAGCUCCAGAGUUCUCCAUCUUCGUCAUCCAUGCUUGUGCUCAUAACCCAACUGGCACAGACCCCACACAGGAGCAGUGGAAACAAAUUGCUGCCGUUAUGAAGGUAUUAGCAAUUCUGCAACAAGGUCCUCCCAGAGUCUGUGCCCAAAGCCAUAUUUCUGGACGUUUUUGAAUUAAUUUAUUAGUACUGUUAUAUUUUUAUCCUGCUCUCCUACCAGGAAGCUCAGCUAAAUGGUAUAUAGUUUCCCCCCCACCAGUUUUAAUUUUACAACCACCUUAUGAGAUUGGGGAUACCAAGAGACAGUGAUUGAUUCAAGGCCACCCAGUGAGCUCUGCGGCUGAGAGGGGAUUUGUAUCUAUAUCUCUCCAGACUGACACCCUGACCAGUAGACACCACCAGAAAACAACUUUUUAAUUUUUAAAAUAAAUUUAAAUAAGUUUCUUUAUAGCCACAAAUACACUAGGUUCCAUACUGCUGAGUGAAGGGGUGUGUGGAACCAGUGGUUCUGGUUUUUUCUGUUAAGUGUUUUAAUACCUCACUUUAAUCCUAUUCCCAGGGCAGGUUAGAAAAAGAAGAAAACAAUUAAAAUGUAAAUGCAAAAAUGAAAAGCUUGGGAAGCACCAAAAGGGCAAUAAAGUAGGUGCUGAGGAAACCUCUCUGGGGGGAGAGAGUUCCAUCACUGAGAAGGCCCAGUCUUUGGCAGCCAUGUGCUUUCAGGGAUGGCAGUUGAGGAUGCCCUGAAGUAAGUGCCAAAGACCAAUCUUAUCCCCUUAAUUAUUCAUUCCUUGCAGCGCCGCUUCCUGUUCCCCUUCUUUGACUCUGCCUACCAAGGCUUUGCCUCAGGUUCUCUGGACAAAGAUGCCUGGGCUGUCCGCUACUUCGUUUCUGAAGGCUUCGAACUCUUCUGUGCUCAGUCCUUCUCCAAAAACUUUGGCCUGUACAGUGCGUAUAUUCUUUUAACUUCCCUGCUUCUUGGAUUUUGUUCUGCUCUAAUGUUAAGCUGCUUUUUUAUUUUGGCCUGUAAAAGAACAAUUACUGCAUUGUAUGGUUUUGCUGUUUCAUGCCACUAUGGGAACCUGGUUUUUUUUUCUUGUUGUUUUUGAGAACUACAAGGUGGGAUAUAACUAAGUACAGAUUCAAAUAAAGGGUAGUAAGAAUUUUCUUUUGCCCCGAGGACUGUUGCACUGGGCCUAAGGCUUAUGGUUUGACUUUCCUUUCUUUUCCCUCAGAUGAGCGCGUGGGGAACCUGACUGUUGUUGCGAAGGAUGCUGACAAUGUGCAGCGCACCCUGUCUCAGAUGGAAAAGAUUGUCCGCACCACCUGGUCAAACCCCCCCUCGCAGGGCGCACGUAUUGUGGCUACGACACUCAUGACUCCAGAGCUUUUUGAUGAGUGGUAAGGAACAGCAGGGGAUGCGGGUGGCGCUGUGGGUUAAACCACAGAGCCUAGGACUUGACGAUCAGAAGGUUGGUGGUUCAAAUCCCCGCGAUGGGGUGAGCUCCCGUUGCCCGGUCCCUGCUCCUGCCAACCUAGCAGUUUGAAAGCACGUCAAAGUGCAAGUAGAUAAAUAGGUACUGCUCCGGCGGGAAGGUAAACAUCGUUUCCGUGCGCUGCUCUGGUUCACCAGAAGCGGCUUAGUCAUGCUGGCCACAUGACCCGGAAGCUGUACACCGGCUCCCUCGGCCAAUAAAGCGAGAUGAGCGCGCAACCCCAGACGGCCACGACUGGACCUAAUUGUCAAGGGUCCCUUUACCCCUUUACCUAAGGAACAGCAAGAAGUGGAGGGGUUAAGUUGAUCCCUGCCACGAAGGGAUCAUGGGCCCUGUUUACUGCUCAGCACUUCCCCAUUCUGGCCAUUUUAAAAAAACUGGUGCUGGACUGAACUAAUGCUUUUCCCUUGUGACAGGAAAGGGAAUGUGAAGACCAUGGCAGAUCGAGUCUUGCUGAUGCGGGCAGAGCUCAGGUCUCGUCUCGAGAAGCUGCAGACACCGGGCACCUGGAAUCACAUCACGGAGCAGAUCGGCAUGUUUAGCUUCACUGGCCUCAAUCGUGAGUACAGCUUUGGGCAGUGUAGAGAGCCUGGGCAGGAAGGAGGGGGUGUGGUACAGGGAAUGAAGCAGCUUUCCUGACUUUGCUUGUGGUGAUCUAGCAAAAAAUGGUUCUGGCUUCAACAGUACCUCCUUGCCCUCCACUGCAAGUCCAAGCAACCAUCUUUACACAGCUCUCCACUAUGAAGAGAUCUACCUGUGCAUUUCCUUUAUCAGUCACUUCACAGGAUCUCUUCACAUUGCAUCCACUUUCUGGUUGCUUACCAGCAUCGUUUCCUGCUGUGACCUUGGCUGCAGCCGGCAAACCUUAGUAAAGGCUGCUCUGGGUGCCUGAUGAGAUGCCUGACACAAUUUUCCCUCUUGCUCUUUCUCCAGCUAAGCAAGUACAAUUCAUGAUCAAGGAGAAACACAUCUACCUGAUGGCCAGCGGCCGCAUAAACAUGUGUGGCCUGACCACGAAGAACCUGGAUUACGUCGCCAGCUCCAUCCACGAGGCCGUCACCACGAUCCAGUAAAUCGGUUGCAUGUAACUUUCCCCCUACGUUUUGGGUUGUUUUAAAACCAACAGCAGCCUUUGGAAAGUGGGAGUUUUAGGCAAAGAAAUAGAACACCUAUUGCCUCUUGCCACUUUUCUGGUUAAAAUUCUACCACUCUCUGAAGCUUCUACCAGCCCCCUCCCCACUGCCUCAGUGUGGGAGAACAGAGUACCCAUUUCUUCCUUUGGCUAGAGAGAAUGGAGUAGAAAAGUGGCUGUGGAGUGAGAAAGGGUUAAGCUGCCCCCCCCCCAGCAUCCCUAAGUUUUUGAAAAACCCAAAACAGUGGAAGAAAGAAACACACAACUGCAUGUAACAUCUAGUUUGGCCCUAUGAAACCAGAAAAACCGAAUCCCUCCAUACUGUAACACGUAGUUUGUCUGCUCCACCAACGGAGCUAAUCUCCCAUACCUCUUUGCUCAAUAUGGAUUGAGAACAGCACUUUUGUCUGCAUAGCUUCUUCCUGUCUUUUCAAUGGCCCUCGGUUUGUGUGUGUGAGCAGGUGGCAGUGGGAAUUUUCCUUCUUGGGGUCCACUUUGUACAUUUGGUAUUAACAGCACCUAACUCUGGAAUCCAAGCACAUGGCCUUGUCUGCAUCUCCGUUUGCACUUUAUGUAACCAACCCUCUCUGGCCCAUGCCUGCUCCAGUGGAAGGGUUGGGAAUUGUGGGAUAUGUACCAAAAACGACUGGUCUCCUUGUAUGAGCUGCGCGGGUUACUUCAGGGAGCGAGGCUGGUGCUCCUUCCUUGGUUUCCAGCCUUGCACAAGCAAAGAUUGUAAUCUUAAGAACCACCUUUUCUGUCAGUACAACCAAUAAAACAUCUCUUCAUGCCAUACCUGUCUUUUGGCCAACUUGGGG